UUUGAAACUAGUAACAGGGCCCGUUAAACGGCCUUCAACUCUGGACCCACGUUCUCGUUGCGAAUUUGAGCCCAUCGCGAACUCCUUGAGCUCCUAGCUUCCUAAAGUCGUUCGCGUCGGAUCGCCCGCUGCUUCCUAAAGCCGCUGCGCGCUGCGCCGCGACGCCGCCAUGACCCAUGAGCGCCACCGUGUUGCGCACCGGCGGUGCCAUCCUCCACGCUCUCUCCACUGCCUCCGCCGCCCACCUACACGCUCACGCCCUGAAGCUGGGCGUGCUACCCUCCUGUCUCCACCUCUGCUCGGCCUUGCUCAAGUGCUAUGCUGCUUCCGGCCGCAUCGCCGCCGCGCGCCAGUUAUUCGACGAAAUACCUCUGCGGGACGUCCCGCUAUGGAACGCCCUGGUAUCGGCCUACGCGCGCUCCGGCCACCCGCGCAACGCGCUGGCCGCUGCGUCCGCCAUGGCGCGCGACGUCGCGGGGUGCCGGCCGAACAACGUCUCCGUCACCAGCCUCCUGUCCGUGUGCACGCAGCUGAGGAGCUCGGUGCUCGGGAGGGAGCUCCACGGGUAUGCGAUCAGGAACGUCCCCGUUCUUGACCUUCCCGUGCUCAAUGCGCUGGUGAACAUGUACGGCAAGUGCGGCUGGCUGAGAGACGCGAGGAUGGUGUUCACCGGCAUGGGGGUUGGCAUGAGGAGUGCUGUCUCUUGGACGUCAAUGAUCAAUGCUUGCUGCCAGAAUGGACACCCAGCUGAGGCAUUGGAAGUGUUUGAGGAGAUGAGGAUUGCUCGUGUCAAGGUCGAUGAGGUCACCCUGCUGGCCGUCAUCUCAGCAUGCACAAAGCUGGACUGCACGCCGGGUUUAGGAGACUGGGUGGAGGAGUGUGCAGUCGAGAAUGGGUUCUUGCAGAACACCCAUGUCGCCAAUGCGCUCAUACACAUGCAUGGUAAGAUGGGGAGGGUGAAGAGGUCGUGUGAGAUAUUUGACUCGAUGGGUGCUGUGAAGACAGUGGUUUCAUGGACGGCCAUGAUACAAGCACUGGCUAUGAAUGGGCAUGGGGUGGCUGCCCUUGUCCGGUUCACGCAGAUGCUCAGAGAAGGGUUCCUGCCUGACGAGGUUAUCUUCUUGUGCGUGAUCAAUGCCUGUGGCCACUCAAGGCUUGUGAGCGAGGGGCACCGACUGUUCAAGUCCAUGAUCGAAGAGUACCACAUCACACCAUGGAUGGAGCACUAUGGUAGCAUGGUGGACCUGCUGUGCAGAGCUGGGUGGUUGGACGAGGCAUUUGAGUUUGUCCUGGCCAUGCCUGUUACGCCCGAUCCUGUAAUAUGGCGUGUUUUGGCUGGUGCUUGUCGGGACCAUGGGAAUGCCAGUUUAGCCAGGAGGGUGAUGGAUCAUGUGAUUGGCAUGGAGCCUGACCAUGAAGGGAAUUACGUCCUGGCGUCAAACUUGUGUGCUGCAGAUGAGGAUUGGAGACGUGUUGUAGAUGUUAGGUUGGACAUGGGAGUGAGGAAAGGGACUUCAAGGGCUGCUGCUGCUGCCGUGUCUUCUGUUGAAGUCAAUGGUGAAUAAGACGCAGAAAAGCUUGUCUUCUUUUACACAUCACCGGUAACUUUUCCAUCCUCGCUACUUCGAGAUGCACACAGCCACGCUACAAUGAAUCUGCUCACCUUCCUACCACAUCAGGCCUGUGUAUUUAUGUGUUUAUAUUUGUACCUGUCUAGAAAAACCUGGCAAGAGAACCGAGUUGCAUGCCUCGAUUCUUUUGCAAAAAAAUACGGUAAAUGCAGUUUGGUCAGGAAAAUUGAUGUCUCGGGUUUCAGAAAAUCAUUAUAGGACAUCCAUGCAGUCUUUUGCAAGUAUUUUGUCCUAGCAUCUUAGUUAACUCUUUCCAUUCAGUUAACUGUCAGCGUAUGUGCCGUGUGAACACUUCUUCAAACAAAAGGUUCCAUUUA